AUGUCGGAAUUGUACUACUUUCCUUCGCCUCCGUACAGUGACGAUCUGCGUUCUCCCAGCCCAAGUGCAAAAGUAACAAAACCAGCGUCAUGCCCACAAUAUAUUCCGCUGACCGCGUUAGAGUACGUUCGCAGCUUGACCUAUUCUCAGCGAGUCAACAUCAGUGUUGAGACUUGCGAACGGAUUCCCACCCCCCAUUGGAUCCACCGAAGUAGCCCACGGAAAGUGUCGUCAUCCUCGUCGUCGUUGCCGAAGAAAGAGAAAACAAAACAAACCCCCAGUAGGCGAAAGGUGAUACCACCGGUGAUUCGGAAAAAGCGACGCCUGGCGGCAAAUGCUCGAGAACGGAAACGGAUGCACGCCUUGAACGAGGCGUUCGACCGUUUGCGACAAUAUUUGCCCACGAUAGGCAACGAUCGACAACUGUCCAAGCACGAGACGCUCCAGAUGGCCCAGAGCUAUAUCACAGCGUUGAGCGAGCUACUGAAAUAGACGCGGAGGGUAAUUGUACGCAAAUAGUGGAUCUUUUUUUGUAACGUACUGAUUAGGUUGUAGAUUAGCAUAACAAUUGAUGUAAAGUGAGGAUGAUAUGAGGAUGGUCAAGAUUCUACUCGGUUCGAUGUUUGGAAGUCAAAGAGCACCAAAGAGAGAAAUAAAUGUUAAGUUAUUG